AUGGCCGAAGGCGGGGCAAGCAAAGGUGAAGAGCCAGAAAAGCUGCCUGAGCUGGCAGAGGAAGAAUCCCAGGUUCUGCACGGAACUGGCCACUGUAAGUGGUUCAAUGUGCGCAUGGGAUUUGGAUUCAUCUCCAUGAUAAACCGAGAGGGAAACCCCUUGGAUAUUCCAGUGGAUGUAUUUGUACACCAAAGCAAACUAUUCAUGGAAGGAUUUAGAAGCUUGAAAGAAGGAGAGCCAGUGGAAUUUACAUUUAAAAAAUCCCCCAAAGGCCUUGAGUCAAUACGGGUAACAGGCCCAGGUGGGAGCCCCUGCUUAGGAAGUGAAAGAAGACCUAAAGGGAAGACACUGCAAAAAAGAAAACCAAAGGGAGAUAGGUGGAGACGGCAGGAUUUACUGAUGGAUCAGAUGUGGACUGUGAGAGAAGAAGAGUCCAGGAUGAUUCCAAGAUGCUACAACUGCGGUGGCCUUGACCAUCAUGCUAAAGAAUGUAGUCUACCUCCUCAGCCAAAGAAGUGCCAUUACUGUCAGAGCAUCAUGCACAUGGUGGCAAACUGCCCGCACAGGAUUCUCGCACAGCUGCCCGCCGGUGCUCAGGGAAGACAGGAGACAGAGUCCCAGCUGUGCACUUCUGCUUCGCCAAGAGAAGUGGGAGGGGGCCAUGGCUACACAUCACCUUUUCCUCAGGAGGCGAGGUCAGAGAUGGCAGAGCUGUCAGAGAGGUCAUCCCAAGAAGUUUCUUCCACGAAGGCAUUUGUAGCAACAGAAGAGCCAAACAAAAAGGGGCCUUCAAUUCAGAAACGGAAAAAAUCUUAA